UCCUCCCCUUCUGAGUUAUCAAUAGGCUGCUUUAUCGCUCAUCUCCCCUCAUCAUCUUCCGCACCUUCUCCCUCCCUCCUUGUCUGUCCAUCUCCUCCCUCUGCGCCUUUUUUUUACGCGCAAAAACAAGACAGAGCGCACACACACGCGCGCGCGCGGCUGCCGGAGAAAACCGGAGACAAUAGGCAGGACUUCGGGUCAUCAUGGUGUUUGGAUUCCUACCGUCGGGCAACAUGCGCGCCGCUCUCUGAGACACAGGUGGACCAUCUGUAAAUCACCUGCCUUCGUUUAGCAGCCGCCGAAAACUUGGCCCCGGUUUUUAAUGUUGCCAACCGAGAUUUCAGGAGGAGUGUGUUUCACGUCAAGCGAUCACACUGAGGGGAGGAGAGAAGGUAUGAAAACAGAGGAGAGCCAGCAGUCCUGUCUGCAGCAGCCUCCAUCCUCCACGCCUUUUGGUCCAGAGUACAGAGGAGGCGGAGAGGUGUGCGCGGGCUGCGAGUCUCCCAUCGCCGAUCGCUUCCUGCUGCGCGUGAACGAGCGGUCUUGGCACGAGACCUGCGUGAAGUGCGCCGUGUGUUUGAGCGCGCUCACCGGGACCUGUUACUGCAGGGACCGCCUGCUGUACUGCAAGCACGACUAUGAGAAGCUGUUUGUGAGGAAGUGCAGUGCCUGUCUGCAGGUCAUCGGACGCUCUGAGCUGAUAAUGCGCGUGUUAGGCCAGGUGUACCACCUGGGAUGCUUCAGCUGCUGCGAGUGUGAACGCAGACUGCAGAGAGGUGAUGAGUUUGUGCUGAAAGAAGGCCAGCUGCUCUGUCGAAUGGAUUAUGAAAAAGAGAGGGAGAUGCUGGCCGCUAUUAGUCCCACACCAACUGAAUCAGUGAAAAGUGAGGAUGAGGAUGGUGGUGGAGGCUCUGGCAGCGGGAAAGGCGGCGAUGAGGGCAAGGAGCACAAGCGCUCAAAGAGACCACGCACUAUCCUGACCACACAACAACGGCGUGCUUUCAAGGCCUCCUUUGAAGUGUCGGCGAAGCCCUGCCGCAAGGUGAGAGAGACGCUGGCUGCCGAGACUGGGCUGACCGUGCGUGUUGUUCAGGUGUGGUUUCAAAACCAGAGAGCCAAGAUGAAAAAGAUAGCUCGCCGACAACAGCAGCAGCAGCAGCAGCAGCAAGAGCAAGAACAACUCGGGGGGACCAGGAGAGGACCCAGCAGGGGGGGUCGCCAAAGCAACGAUGACAGCGAGGAUGGAUCUAGUACCCAUGGCAUGGAUGGGAUGCUGGGAUAUCCGUCUCUGCCGCGUCAGCAGCUACUCUCUCUGGACCCUAACAUCUAUGGUGGAGAAGCCUUCCGACACGGGCUUACACCCCCGCAGCUGAGCAGUGAGCAGCUUCACCCAUAUGACUCGGAAACAGUGUUCCAUGACCUGGACAGCGAUGGAAGCCUCGGACACCUUGGCGACUGCCUCUUAGCCGCGGGGGAGGGCGGGCUCCUGGCAGGACGAGUGGGAAACCCCAUUGACCGCCUCUACUCCAUGCAGAACUCCUACUUCACCUCCUGACCCCUAUAAACUGCCUCCCUUUGACCCCCCUCCCCCCUUCCUGUUCCACCUUUCACCUCAAAGAUGCAGCUAAUGGAGUCUCUCCAUCGACACGCUUGCAGGACCAUUCUCCUUGAUCCACUGUACGCCCCAAACACACUUCCGAGCUUUUAUCACAGGCUAACAUCGCCAUGAGUCAGAUAUAGUCUAAAUGUCAUUUUGCAGCAGACUGGCAUAAUGUUCUCACAUUUUCCAUGAGUCAGAUCACAUUGCUGGAAAUACAAACACUGUAAAUGUCCAACAUAAAAGAUCCCUCUUUCUAUCAACGUACCACAUAACAUGCCC